CAGGUUGCAGAGGAGCUGUUCAGAUCAAAAGUGGCCACUCUGUCAUGGGAUGCGACGUCUCUGAAAGGUGAGCAUGUGAAUGAAGUCCACAUUUCUGUGGGUGACCGCAAGUCACUCACAAUCCAGGUUCAGGGGUUGCCAGGAGGAAAGGCAGAGGACUACAUAGCACAAAUUUCAAGUUCUCUGCAUCAUCUGUCCUCUGCCUACGCUCUUUACAACAAAGUCGAGCAGCCCCUGAUCUUUGCCGCCUUUCAGAGAGCCAUCUCGUCGACCUUGACAGACCGAGCUGCUGUCAACAAAUGUGUGACGGACAAGCUGUCGCAGCAGCUCGGGAAGGACCUGGUUCAGCUCAACUGCAACCUCCAUCCCCUCGACGGGCUCGCUACCACGGCGAAGAAGACUUUAAGAACAUUUGAUUCAGAGAGAGGGAUCACUGGCCGGGCAUUUGGAGUAGAGGGAACAGCAGCCAACUUGGUGCGCGGCUUGUCUAAAAUGCGGUGAGUUUUUAUGUGAACCUUCAUUUUCUCUGUACACUGUACAUCAACUUGGAAAUACAUAUCUUGUGUUGCUGUGUUCACUUUCUCCGUUUCUGUUUGUGAAGACUUUUCUUUGUCUGGUGCCUUUGCUAUGUUACAAUUUCCUUUUACGUUAACAUUUCACAUUACUGGAAAGAACUCCUAUUAAAAUCACACUAAAAUCUUUUUGCAAAAUGGAAUGGUUGAAACAGAAGACUUCCAAUUUUCAAAUCUAAAAAGCUCACCCUUUACAUUUUAAUAAUUUUUGUUUUAUGAUAUUUAUUUUUCUGUACAAUUAUCAUUUUCUUCAGCUACAACCAGAGGUCAGGAGACCCUAAUGGCUUUGUGACCUUUUUGAAAAAAUCAGGUCUCAGCCCUGGGUUGAUGCCGCGCUAUGUGGGCAACCGCCUGCACAUCCUGUUCCAUCUGUCCGGUGUGAUGUUCUCCAAGAGGCCAGAUCUCUUACUGUACUUGAAAAAGUACUGUACCUCUCAGCAGCUACGUUUGUCCCUCCUGAGUGACCUGCAGAAUGAGGACAUCUCUGUUCAGCUGCAGGCACUUGGCUUAUUCGGUAAGCUGCUGACUGGCCCUUGGAUGAAGGAGCUGUACUGUGGAGAGGAGGAAAUGAGCCAUAUGGAGGGGACCUCCAAGCUGAUACGCCAUGUUGAGAACCUACGCAGCGUAGAAGCUGACCCUUCCAUUUUGGUUUCUUCAACUGACUGCCUCUUCGGGGAACCCUUGCAGGACGACGAUGAAACACUACGUCAGCUGAGGGCAGUACCUUCUCACCAUGCAGAGGUGCUGCCCGAAACCAUCAAGAAGCUCGCUGGAGCUUUCGUCGUUCUGCUUGACAGACAGCUUCUACGUUAUCUUCAGGGCCCUCUCUCUGAACCAACGCCCAGCCUUCUUGAUGUGACUUCUGCCGCUCCUGUGCAUAACAUGCUUUCGGAGCGGACCUUAGGGCGCUUAGAUGCUCAAUUUCGUCGAGCGCCUAACGCCACCAUCGGGUUCCUUGACGGAAAAGUGAAGUGGCAAGCGAACAAGACAGCAGAGUGGUUGAACAGCAAGCCCUCUGCUGAACAACAUGAGAUUGUCUCUUUCGCAAUUUCUCAAGGAGCCCGAAAUCGAAGCGCCCUCAAACAGAAGGAGCAGGAGAACACCAACGUCAAGCGCCAGCGCCAGGUGGAAUUGGCCCAACGGAGGGACCGCACAGAUCGGAAGAAGGUGGAGGUCACAGACUUCCUCACAACAGGAACUGAGGGAGACCUUUUCUGUGACCUUUCUGAAGACAUGGUCCACCUUUUUCAUUCCAUCAAAAACACUGACUCUGCUGCGGUCAGUGGGGUGAAGUGUACUCACACCUGGGAUGUGGAUGGAGAGGAUGUCAUAUUCCAAGCAGAAUUGCUACGUUUUGAGACAUUCAAGCGGAAGCCUUGCCUCGUAAUAACGUACCAAGAGGACGCCACAACAGCUUCUACAGAGAGCAAAAUCCCCGUCUCUGAAUUUUUUACGGAUGCUCUCUUUAACGAUGUGACAUUGUUGUAGGCUUCCGCUUGAACAUCCUCUCUAUUCACAUUUCUUCACCCUCACCUCCAUUCCCCCGCCCCCCUAAAUUCCAGUGGCGGACACUUGUUCUCCUUGACUCAUUAAAUUCCUCUUCUGUGUUGCCACCUGUGCCUUUCUUUCGGAUUAUUAUUUUCGACUUUUCGAUUGGAUUACAAACUGCGAGGGGUAAGUACUCUGUGUACACUGUGUUCUUUGUUCUUUGUGUUGUGUGUAAUACUACAGGUCACCAAGCCAAGAGAGAAGUACUAACUCUGUGUUCCUGUUGUGAGGAGUACUAACGAUCAGCAUCAUUCUGGUAUCAUCUUGUCACACGGUCAGCCCUGAUUACAUCACAAACCUUUUGCCUUAGGCAUACCUUGUGUCUGUAUCCACUCACAUAAAAGCAGCCUUUAUGUACCAAAGUAUACACCAUUGCUCCAGGAGAUAACGUGCAAAAUUUGAAGCAAUUAUCUUUAAAAAAUGUGGAAGUUAUGAAUGAUUUUGUAAUUUUUCUGAGCGAAAGUGAGCCAAAUCAACAUGCAAAUGAAUUAAUUUCUUUCAAAAUAAACCAUUCACUUACCUGUUGCCCUGUUUAUUGUUAAUAACAGACAAUAAUGCCGUGGACCUGAAAAAAUGAUGCAGUUCCGAGCAGUAUUUAAAAAGUUACAGACAUAUUAUGAGUUGCUGCCGUCAUUUCGGUCACAAAAAUUGAGUCAUUAAUAAUACAAAGGCCAUAUAUAGACAGUAAAUUCCGAUCAUCAAUUUAUCAUAACUUUUGAACUAAUUAAGAUAGGAAGUUAAUUCUAGUAUCUUUGUAAAGCUCUUGAAAAGCUCUUUUUAAUGAUGUAUG